AUGGAUGCAUGUAUACCAGUCAUCAACCUCAUUGACACAAGAAGGUCCAUACCUCAUGGUAUUCAGCAAGUGCAAGAACUUCUUGGUAUAUCAUGCUCCUUUGAUCAAGUUGUUCAGUGCCUUUCGAGAACUAUGAAGACAGUUGCUAAAGGAAUUCUGAAGGACCAUUUGAUACUUGUGGCAAACAGCAUGACAUGCACUGGGAACUUGAAUGGGUUCCACAAGGGUGGUUACAACGCGACCUUACGUUCAUUAAAAGUUCAAGCACCUUUUACAGAGUCCACCUUUACCCCUGUGAAAUGCCUCGAGAAGGCUGCAGAGAAAUGCCAUACUGAUUCAUUGGGUUGUGUGGUCUCAUCAUGUUCAUGGGGAAAGAAUGCAGCACUUGGCACGGGGUCAUCUUUUCAGAUUCUUUGGAACGAAAAUCAGGUGAGGACCGACCAAGAAAAGGAUGCGUACACAUUCUUGGACGAUGUGGACUACCUUGUUGAAGACAAUACGAUGGAUGAUAUUUGCUUAUCACCGGAAUGGGAUGGGACCCAUGGAAUGCCCACUUUUGAAGAUAAUCCUGAACAACAAAUUACUGAGGAGGGCAACUCAUGGGAAAAUGACACAACGGCGAAUGCAAGCUGGGAACAAAAUGCAAUUGCUGGGAAUGACUCUGGUAAUGCUCAGAAUGUUGAUGCACAGGAUGAUCCAUUAGGGAGCGUGGCAGCUAAGGCUCAGAAUUCUACUGCGCAGCAUAUGGAUGGAACGAAUGAUUCCUGGGGAUGUGUGGCAGCUAAAACUUGUACUGCAGGGAAUGAUUCCUGGGGGAGUGUGGCAGCGAAGGCCCAGACUAGUACCGCACAGCAGGAGUCCUGGGGCAAUGUGGCUGCUUCACCGUCAGAUAAUGCGUGGGGUGCUGCUCCAAUUUCCCAGGGUCACGAGAAUUCGGAUUCAAAGCAGCCAGCUUCUUGGGAUGGCUGGAGUUCUGCUCAGGCCGAUGACUCGAGUGCUGAUAAUUGGAAGACCGGCAACAACAAAGGUUGGAAAUCGGAUGGAUGGGAUGCCAAAGAAAACCGGAGGGACCAAAGAGACAAUCCAGGCAGGUCCCCAAUGAGACAUGUUGAGAGGCCACCAAGACCAUGGUACGAACUACCAGCUGAGGCGAAAAAGGUUCUACAAGAAAUUGAACCCAUUGUAACCAUGGUCAGAAAGAUCUUCCGUGAAUCAUGUGAUGGCGUAAGACUUCCUCUGGAAGAUGAAAAGUUUAUCAUAGAAAAAGUUCUGGAGCACCACCCUGAAAAGGAAAAGAAGGUCAACAAGCACCACAUUUUCCUGCAAAGUCGGUGCUUCUACGUGGUGUCAUCAGAUGGAACCCACACAGACUUCUCAUACAACAAGUGCAUGGAGAACUAUGUGAGGAAGAACUGUGCGGAGCACGCCGAACUGAUCUGCGGGAUGCACUUCAAGAAGUGCAAUCGUGAUCGACCAUCAGCAGUUGAUGGAGGCGCAGCACCAGCCAUUGAAGCCAAGGCAUCUCAGUCGACGAAUCCGGGCGAGGACACUGUGCCAGGCCCAUCGGCAGGAACUCCAGCUUCUCUGUCAGUGACCACCCAGCAGGAGGAAACUCCAGCUUCUCCGGCGGCAACUCUAGAAGAUGAAAAGACACACUGA